CUAGGGCUUAGGGGACAUAGAGUAUACGGAACACAGCCUGGAUCUCCUGAACCUACUGCGCCCCGCAGCUGGAGUUAUCCCGAGUUAAAGUCAGAGUUAGAGUCAGAGUUAGAGUCAGCUCCUCUCCGUGUUUAUCUCUCUCUCUCUCUCUCUCUCUCUCUCUCUCUCUGUGUCUGUGUAAAAUGAAGCUCUGGGGUUUGGCAGUGUUUUCGGUCCUGCUGGUCUCCUUCCGCUGGGUGGAUGUUUCAGCUCAAACCACACCAACCAGCUGUGCUGCGAAAUCCAACACCAGCUGUGAGGAAUGUCUGUCUAACGUUACUUGUUUGUGGUGCAUCACUAAUCAGAAGUGUGUAGACUAUCCGGUCCAGAGCGUCCUGCCCCCAGCGAGUCUGUGUGGUCUGUCUGAAGCGCGCUGGGGGAAGUGUUGGGUGAACUUCCAGGCGCUCAUCAUCACUCUGUCAGUGGUUGCUGGGGCGAUCGUCAUCGCGGUGCUCGUCUGCUGCUUCUGCUGCUGCAAGUGUGAAAACAUUGGGUCCAGAAAGGCUGACGAGAGGCUGGAGAGACAGGCUGACCUGAGAAGAGUCCGGCAGGAGGAGAGGAGAGCAGAGAUGAAAUCGAGACACGAUGAAAUUCGCAAGAAAUAUGGUUUAAUGAAGGAUAAUCCGUACUCCAAGUUUGAGAAUAACUGAGGAGCUCCACCCUGGAGGAGCUGACCCUCCGAACGUCCACACUCCUUCAGAAACUGAUCCACUGCACUGAUUUAAUCUCCGACAGUUUCACUCUUUAUCUGUGAUUUGUCUCAGUAAAUAUGCUGCUUUUAUCGAAGAGCUCUGUCUGAAUCUGCACUCUGAGCCUGAACAGCACUGUAAAUCCACAGCAUCUCUCUCUCUCUCAUAUCGGGGGGUGGGGUCUUCAGAACAUACUUUCCUAUUGCAUGCUCUGUUCUCAUCACUGUAUUUAAACGAGUUAAUCCUUCAUUGAAAAUGUAACAUUUACUUUUUUGAACAUCUGCCAAAUGAAAAGUUAUUAUACCUGUGAAAAUAUACAGUACAACUCACUACAGUACAGAACAUAUUUAUAAAACAAAACACAGUGACUAAUUUUUAAUGUGAGUGAGAGGCGGAUUUGUAAGAUUCUGCUGUUUGUAGAACAGAAAUGAUAAAUAUAAAAUCUGCUGAAUGAGGUAUGGAUUGUAUUUUUGUAUUUCCACUGAAUAAAUAUGAUUAUUAGUCACGUUACAAUUGAAAAUCUCUUUAACAGUUGAGUGAGCAAAAUAUCAGCACACAAAAGUAAAAUCAUAACUCAGAAGAUCAAAAACAAUAACAGUGUAGAACCAGUAAUGCGUUGAGGAGAAACGAGCGCUCAGAUUCUCUUGUUGUUAUUUAAUAGCCGUGUAGUGUAUUUAUCCACUUUCAGCCACUCACAUAAGAGCCCCUUUUCACAUUUUCGUGUUUUUUCUGUUGGAAGUUCUUGUUGCAGGUAACGCUGCUUAAUAACGAUGACGAGUAGAGCGUUUACAGCUCAGUGUUUGAGCUUGAAGCAAAAACAGCCUCAUCUCAGUUUCAGUGGUUUGUCAGCUGAUGAUGAUCAGAGGAGAAAUGGGUUUGUGCAGUUAACAAAGGAAUAAACUUUGUCAUAUGGAGGAAAAAAACCCUCUGUCAGCAUCUCAGCUCUGCUGACUAACGUUAACAUGCUUUAAAGUUGCUGCUGACCAGUGUUUCACUGAAUGCUGUUGGUGCUUUAAAGUUGCUGCUGUAGCCGCUUUCAGAGGAACAGUUUUCAUUUUCUCCCUCUGAAGCUGUCGGUAUCUGAGAGAGCGAGAGCUCGGGGGGGAGCAGAUGUUUGUUCACUAGAGUCAGUGUUUGUGGAAAACGUCUACAGUGGCGCUACAGACCAUGACGACUCAGCGCCCCCUGCUGGUGUGCGUCUUUAGUUUUUUGCCAAUUAGUUUAUUGUUGGCAAGCUGUUUCAACAUCUCCAGCUAAUGUGGCUAAUCUGGCGUUUUGGUGAUAGUUAUUUUCACCAUCCGUUAUUUCAUCACUUUGUAGACGUUCGCUGAUGUUACUGUGCUCUGAUAGCUGGGAAGGAGUUUUUCUAGGUAUCAUUUAUAUCCUAUGUUGAGUCUGGACUCCCACAUUGUUGUGUGUUUGGUUCUCCAACAGUUCUGGACUCACCCUCAAAUUUCAGUCUUGGCAACUAUGACAAAGAUAAAGUGAGACACCUUUCUGUGGUGGCUGAAGUGAGUAACUGUCUGUAAGGCAAUAGUGGAGCUCGUUUUAUUCAGCGUUUACACACUUCUGUUUCUUGUGAAAAGGUCCUAUUGUGUUUUACCUCUAAACAUAAACAAAAAAGAAUGUAUUAAAUGAUAUGUUUAAAAAUAAAGAUCUGAACCCCGUAUUUUAAAAGGGCUUUCUAAAAGCAGCUCCAUCUUUGUUACAACGAUGCAAAAAAAAUAGUCCUACACCAGCAGCUGGAUGUUGAUUUUACAUGUACAGUACAUAUCAGCGCACUUGAAGGUCCAUUUUGUGAGAGACUUUUGGCAGAAGCAAGCAUGUCUUUCAGUGUAGGAUUAUCUUGGGCUUAAACUGAAGCUAAUUAUGGCUUUGGUAAGUUUUCUAGAUACAAAUGAAAAUGUUUAUUAUGCAGCGCUAAUAAAUUAUCAUUUUUGAUGGGAGUUUGUUAAACAAACAUUGGGCCUCAUUCACCAACUGUUCUUAAGUAGAAAUUUCUUCUUUAAACCCACUUUCGCAGUUUUCACAAAGAUUCUUCAUUCACCGAUAUUCUCUUAUGUGGGGUUUGUUUUUAGGUAAGAAUCUACACACACUCAAGAGCACAAAGGUGAGAACAGUUCUGCGCUGUAAGAACACGUCAUGAAUCUGACAGAGACUUUUUCUUAGGAUCUUUCUCAAGAUCAAACUUAGGAACAAACUCAGGAAGAUAUUGGAGAAUGAGGCUCUGUGAGUUCUUGUCUUUUUGAGGAUGUUGUUCACAAUAUUUUGGAAAUAAAUAGCAGUAAAGCCUGAAUCUUAAUUUCCCAUCUUCCCCUCUGUUUCAGGACAUUCAGGACAUUCACCCUGACUAUUUGUCAUUGUAGUGCCUCAAUAUUUGAAUUUACAUCAUUUUUCUAGAAACGCUUACCAAAAAAGGGGGUUUCAGGCCCCUCAGAGCAAACAGCCCCAAGUUGGGGUUACUUGGUAUCGGCUUAUGAUGUGCCAAAAUAAACUAA